ACUUGUGUGCCGCGAAAAUGAAGUUUUGUGUCGUGCAAACGAGAAAAUCUAAAAUGUCGAAACCAGUUCUAUCUGUUGUGCCAUCCAAAUGGGUAGCAAGUAAUAAUGUUUAUUGGCCUCCAUCGAAUUUACUUGCGUUGUCAGUCAAAAGUGAUUCAGAACCCGAAAAAUCGAAAUGGCUUAAGCAAAAUUGUAAACUUGUCGGUCGUGCAAAUACAUACAAAUCUGCAGAAGAGAUCGUACGGAAGUUGGAAAAUGUUACUGAUUCGGAAGACGCGGCACAAACUAAUCGUGGAACGCGUGCUCAUCCAGCCAAAAAGAAAGCAAAGUUUGAAUCAAAAACAUACCAGUUGGCUACCCAAUCGGAUGAUUCAUCAGUGGAACUAACAAAGAGCAGAAAUAUUAAUUAUACCACGAAAUCCUCCGUUUGUGUACAGCAACCUGGUAAUGAACAUCAAGUUGAAUCCCCUAUAAUGGUUUCAAAAGAUGAAUCUCCAAGCAAAACGGAUCAGGCAGUUGCCACAGAAGGCCUUGGCCUCCUUAUAUCAAGUCCAUUACAAUCUGUUGAUGGUAAACAAUAUGCACAGCUUCAGAAUGGGUGCUAUAUAGAAGUAAUCACUGAACAUUCGAACACCGAUGAGAUAAUAAACUUAAAUGAACCUAAUAAUAACGACGUCAUUAAAGCUAAACAUACUGUCACAUUAGAAGAAAUUGAUCAGCGAUUAAAACGCAUUGAAGCAUGGCUUCAGAAAGUCGUCUCAUUCAUGGCAGAUGUUUCUAAAUUUAUGGAAUUGAAAGCGGAGUCCACACCAGCAUUAGCAGCAAAGAAGAAAAAAGAAAACUUCGAUCAAAUGGAAAUACUGUUCCCCAUAGAGGACGAUGAGAAAUUGAAAUUAAUCGAAAAUAGCCUCAAUGAAAAUUCUUUUUUUGAAAAACUAUCACGAUUUGUGUCGUCUCAAUAUGAUUUAAAUGGGAAAAGAGAUGGAAAGGCAUUUUUUAAAGUUCUGAUUCGAAAAAUGAUUACGCCGAAUGUGUUGAUACCUUAUUCGUGGGUAGGCAAUUCUAGACAGAGUUGCCAUGUUCAUGAGCCGAAUAAGGGAUUUAAAAAAAUGUUUCCAAAUAUGGUUAAAUUUUUUGAAAACGUAACGUGUGAAGCUGACUAUGCAUUCACAACAGAGUCUGUUCAUAAAGCGUUCAGUGAUUUUCUCCGGCAAAAGCAUACUGAAAUGAAACGGUUUCUAGAUGGUGGCGAACGCAGGAUUCCUUCAUCCCGAACCAGGUCUCGAAAAAUUGUGAGACAACCGGUGGAAGCUGGAAGAGAGGAGGACAUGGAUAGUUCUAUAUGAGACACAAGUUAUGGAUCAAAUAAUAUGAACUAAUAAUAAUAUC